AAAUCGGCGGUCUCACUGUUUACAUCCCUACAAAGAAAAUAGAAAUCAAAAAAAUCAAAAAAUGAAGUGAUUUAGCGACGAAAAACGCAGCAAUUACAUUUGUUGGCGCAUCUUGAGUGCUGUGCCUAAGGAAUUAGUGCUACGCAUGCAACACAGCACCGCUGCAACUAACUGUAAAUCGAAAGACAAAGUCGAACGCAGCGCAAUAGUAGCGAGGGAUUUUUCUGGCUGCUAGGGGGACAAAAAAAAGACACACCAUUGAGUCACUGGCGGAUAGCAAACGAAUCGUGCCCAAGAUGAGCUGUAAGGUGCGAUUGAUGGAGGACGGCUCACUGGACGAGGAGCCGCUGACACUGAAGGAGAUUGCCUACCAGAAGCUGUGCAACAAUCUCGACAUCAUCAGCGGCUGUCGGCCAGACAAUAAUCGUCUGUUAAAUGCCGGCAUUGUGCUGCCCAAUGAGAUAUGCGAUGGCUUUCUGGAGAACUAUCAGCGGUUCAACAGGCCCCUGGACGACAAUGUCAUAAAGCUAUUCGAGGACACACAACGCACAUCGCUGAAAAUUGUCAAUCUACGCAACAGCACACUCAGCAGCAUAGGAUUGGAAACUCUGAUGCGCCACAAACUGUUUGCCCUGUCCAUGUGGUAUUGCGACAUGAUCACCGUAAAUUCGCAUCAUCUGUUGGCCCACUAUGGCGACAGUUUGCGCUCCUUGGAGCUUGGCAUUAGCUCGCAUCUGCUGCAGAAUGCGGAGCCGAAUGAGAAGGAGCCGGUAGACUUUCAGCUCACAUGUCCCCAUCUGCGGCGUCUCGUCCUCAAUGGCGUGGUGAUGCAUCAUCGUCUGCAGUUUGCCCAUCUGCAUGAUUUGGGGCAUCUGGACCUCACCUCCUGCGUGCUGGCAAACUUUAGUUUGGAGGCAUUGGUGAUGCUGCCGAACCUCCACACACUGAUCCUGUUCAAUGUGUGGCCCAUUGCCAAUCAGCUGCAUGCCAUCUGCUGCCUGCGACGCCUGUGCACGCUCGACAUCUCCAUAUCCAGUUCGGGGAAUGGCCAUGGCACCUACGAUCUGCCCGAUCAGACGCUGGAAAUGCUAAUGGAUAAUCUGCGCCAUCUGACACACCUGGAUAUUUCAGGCACGAAUUUAGCCGGCAACGGGGUGGCCACCAAGGAGUCCACGAAUGCCAAUGCCAAUACCAAAAUGGAGCAGCAACACUUUGCCCUCACGGACAUACCAGGCCUGGCAUCCCGCACCCAACGACCGCUGCAGUUCCUGGGCCUCUACCACACGGCCCAUUGGGCAUGCAAGCGGCACGAUAUACCCGCACUCGAGGUGGCUGGGGAUACCAACGAGCAGCAGAUACUGACAGCAGCUCGUUACUACCACGACAGACCCGUCCUCCUGACAAGGGUGCUCAACGAUCUGUAUCAUCUGUUUCGUUUUGAGAACUGCAAGGAUAUACACACAGCACUGGAUGCUGUACUCUCAGCCAUGGAUCGGCAUCUAAAGUUCAAGCACAUGCAAAUCUCUGGAAGUGCCACACUUUUCUACAUUGUUAAGGGCAGGGAGCGUUCAAAGUUUGGCGCUUUGCUGCGUAACCACAUCAUACGCACGCUGCUCAAUGGCAUGGAAAUGCAUCUCACGGACGAUACAAUGCUGCGGAAUGGCUAUCUGACACUCACACAGUUCAGCAUGCCAGCAGAUGUGCUGUUUGAAUACGAACGGCUGAUUAAGAUACUGCUGCAUGGUGUGUCCAAGACAGAGCAGGAGGGAUUCGUUCAGCGUAUUGCCAUUUAUUUGCUAAACACUUUGGCCUGCCAGGUGGAUGGACGACAGAAGCUCUUCCUCGGCGAAUUGGGUGUAGUUAGUACCAUGCUGACGCUGAUCAAGGAUCGCCUCACACGCUCCGUCUUUGAUGAUGUCAUGGAGGUGGCCUGGUCCACCAUGUGGAAUGUAACCGAUGAGACUGCUAUUAAUUGUAAGAGAUUCCUCGAUGGACGCGGCAUGGAGUAUUUCCUUAAAUGUUUACACACCUUUCCCGAUCGCGAUGAGCUGCUGCGUAACAUGAUGGGGCUGCUGGGCAAUGUGGCAGAGGUCAAAUGGCUGCGCCCCAAGCUGAUGACACAGGAAUUCAUAGAAGUGUUCGCCCGUCUGCUGGACUCCUUGAGUGAUGGCAUCGAGGUGGGUCGAGCGAAUACGAGACGAGGGCGACUAGAGAAUGGUAAUGUUAACCGUGCUAACCUGCGCUUCCAGGUCAGCUACAAUGCGGCUGGUGUGCUCGCGCACAUUGCAUCCGAUGGGGCCGAUGCCUGGACCAUAAAAUCGCCCAGCCGUGAGCAUGUGCUGGACCGCAUGGUGGCCGCCAUUCAACGAUGGAACAUCAAAAGUGAGCGGAAUAUCAAUUAUCGCAGCUUUGAGCCCAUACUCAGUCUGGUGCGCUGCUAUGAGACGCCACAAUGCCAGCACUGGGCCGUCUGGGCAUUGGCAAAUCUGACACAGGUCUAUCCGGAGAAAUAUUGCCAGCUGGUGGAGCAGGAGAAUGGCAUACAGAUCCUAAACGAGCUGAUCGAACAUGAGAGCCCCUACUGUGAGAUAAAGCGCAUUGCCCGUUUGGUCAUCGAGCAGUGCGAUUCGGGCUCGGGAUCAGAGCGUAUGGUCGAGGGCUGAGCCAACGCUCCAACUCCAACUAAAUAUUUAAUUAUUAGGAGAAUACGUCGCGAUGAUUGAUCGAUUAUAUGUAGGAUUUGAGUUUGUUGUACAAUUUGAAUAGGCUUUCUUCUCCUCUGUUUCGUAUUUCGUAGUUAAGUGAAAAACUGUUAUAUUGUUCAAGAGAUUCUUCCCCCGACUUUUAAUGUAUAAUUCGAGUGCAACAGAAAGAACCCUACAACAGAUUAAGGGCUACAGACAGCAAAUAAGCAGCAUAAUAUCCCCCGAUACAUAUACAAUUUCAUAGACUAUAUAUAUAAAUAUAUAUAUACAUACAUACAUAUAUAUAUCUGAUAUAUAAAGUGUUGUAAGGCAAGCAAGAUUAAUUUAGGCCCAUCGUGAGGAAUGUAAAUAUUGUUAAAAACCGAAAACGUAAGAAAGAAA